UCAUAUCCAGGUCUCAUCCUCCACGCGCGGUAGAGAACACGAGGGCGAUGAGUGACAACGCCGACGGCGGCGGCGGAGCCGACCACGCCCAGAACUCCGAUCAGCUACUUCUUAUCUACGAGGCAUCGCGGGUUUCAGAUGUCGCUCGCGAGCUCCAGGAUUCGGCUUCUGACCUCAUAUCCCGUACCUGGAAGGAGGAGCAAUCCCUCCGCCAGCGCGCCCUUGCCCUUGAUUCAGACAUCCGGCGCCUCCAAUCCUCUCUGUGCUCCGCCUCCAAAUCGCCUUCAUUUGACAGCAAAUUAACGGAAAAGAUAGAAGAGGAGAUCUACAGGGCGAAAUGCCUGCUUAGCGAUGGCGAUGUGGCGUCGCUCUUACCUAGCAAGGAUCAUGGUCGGUUUUUGAACAUGUUCCUUGGGCCUAUAAAUGUUCGGGCGACUCGGAAGGAGGUGCGGCUGAAGGUUAAAGAGGAGUACAACAGCUACAGGGAUAGAACAGCAUUCCUGUUUCUUCUGUUUCCAUCUAUGCUGCUUUUCCUAAGGUCCUGGAUAUGGGAUGGAUGCUUUCCAGCAUUGCCUGUUCAGCUAUAUCAGGCUUGGCUCUUAUUUCUCUACACUAGUCUGGCUUUGCGGGAAAAUAUACUGAGAGUUAAUGGAAGUGACAUUCGUCCCUGGUGGGUAUAUCAUCACUAUUGUGCCAUUUUGAUGGCUCUUGUUAGUCUCACAUGGGAGAUAAAAGGGAAACCUGAUUGUGCCAAUAAGCAGGUAAUUGACUGCUUAAAAUUUAACCAUUUUAUACGUGAGAAAAGAUGUAAUGCUUCAAGCUUUCUACAGAAAGGGGUGCAACUAUUUUUGGUAUGGGCUAUCAUGCAAGGUAUUGCUAUGCUCCUUCAAAAUAGAUAUCAGCGUCAACGACUGUAUACUCGCAUAGCAUUGGGAAAGGCAAAGAGAAUGGAUGUUGUUUGGGGAGAAACUGCUGGUGUAGAAGGUCAGCUGUGGCUGUUAUAUCCUAUACUUUUCAUCUUGCAGGUAUUUGAAGCUUAUGUUGGAAUGCUCUUACUCCGCACAGCAUUCGUCGGUGUAAUUUCUGAAUGGCAGGUUGUAGUUUGUGGGGUUCUUCUUGUCGUAAUGGCAGUGGGAAAUUUUGCUAACACAGUUGAAACUCUCAUGGCAAAAUCAAGAUUCAAAGCUAUGAAAAGGAGUAAGAGCAAAAAUGAUUUUGAUCAGUUGCCUUCCCCCACAUAUUUUAGAUAAAUGCAGAGAUGGUUUUUGGUCCUGCUAAGCUAAUAUUAUACCUUGAGUAAUAUUAUUCAGAAGGCUCUUAUAAUGGAAAUCAACGAUGUAAAGUAUUAUUUUAUUUAGCUACAUUGUCUCUGCUUAUUAAACGCAGUCAUUUGGUGGUCUUAUCAUAAGAUGUGUGAUAGUUCUUCUGGUCCUGAAAUUGGCUCUUCUUUUUCUUCACAUUUUUUUAUUUUUGACAGUCAGCUUGUUUUGUUUUUUUACUUUUCAGUACUUAGUAAUUUUAUUUGAUA